AAAUUAACCAAAAAAGUUUAGAGAAAGAAAGUGAAACUGCAAGCAAGCAUGUUGAGGAAAGCAAUAGCUGUUUGUGCACAGAACGCACCCUGGCGGCUGAUUGCCAGCCGCUGCUCCACCUCUGUAUCCUCCGCCGUGGACACUAUCUUGCUCCGCUCUCUCAAAGAACACUACCAGGAAGUCGCCAAAAUGACUCUUCCACCGAAGGUGAGUCCUCCUUCACCUUUUAAAAUAGUGACGGGGGCGCUGGAAGGCGAAGGACCUGUUCUCAAGAGGGUGUAUUGGGAUGAAGAGAUUAGUAUAUCUGUGAUGCGGUUGGCGCACAUUGUGGGAGGUGGUGACGAGGAUGAUGAUGGAAUUAAUCCGUUAUUUGUUCAUGUGGAUGUUUCAAAGCCCAGCCAGAAGGAUUCUUUACAUUUUCUUUGUGGGUUGUAUCCGGAUGCGUUGGGCAUUCAUUCUGUUUCCAUGCGCCCUAAGCUUGAGAAUCAGGGUUUUCUUGUUGUUCCCUCUAAGUAUAAUGGCCCUGUUUUCCAAGAUUUGGACGAAAGGAUGAGAAACUCAUUUCACAGCUACAUAGAAGAGCGAGGUAUAAAUGAGAGUCUCUUUCCUUUUCUUCAAACAUGGCUUUAUGUGAAGGAGAAUCGAAAUCUGAUGCAUUGGUUCAGAACAGUGGGCACGUUCAUUACAGAACAAAAUUUAGAUAAAGGUGCAUUGUAUUUGAAGUGUUCAAGUUGGUUGAGAAAAAUGCAAAAAUCAUUAUAAAUGAUAGAAUGCUCCUUGGCAAAUUGAUUCAUCUGCUAUGGGGUUAGUUGGCAAGUAUAGGCUAAGUUCUACAUUGAUGUAUUUCAGGCACCUGAAACUUUUUGUUCUUUCUCAUAUAUUAAAUGUCUCCUUUUUUGCUGUGUUCA